AGAAUCAACAAGUGCGAUUCAAUCACUAUGGAUGAACUGUACACUUUUCAAGCAUUGCUUAUACUGAUGGGGAUCGUAAAAAAGCCAGAAAUUAAGAUGUAUUGGUGUAAAGAUCCUAUGCUUGAAACGCCAUUUUUCUCAAAGUGUAUGACACUUGUACGAUUUCAGAAUAUACUUGCGAUGAUGCAUUUUUCGCCUGAAACAGAUUCACAAGAUAAGCUUUAUAAGAUAAGGCCAGUCGUUGAAUAUCUGAAAGAUCGCUUUCAAAGCAUUUACAGACCUGCCGAAAAUAUUUCUAUUGACGAGUCUCUGAUGAAAUGGCAAGGGAGGCUAAGUUUCAAACAAUUCAAUAGAAACAAACGAGCUCGUUUCGGAAUAAAAUUGUAUGAAACGUGUGAUUCAAAAAAUGGAUACGUAUAUAAUUUUAAGAUCUAUGUAGGCAAAGAUGAAAAUGAUUCAAACAAGAAAUCACUACUUGGCAUAUCCGGAAAUGUAGUGAUGGACCUGCUUUCCGAUUUAGGUGAACAAGGGCGUUCUUUAUACAUCGAUAAUUGGUAUAGUUCACCCUGGCUAUUCCUGACAUUGCAUAAUGCGAAAACCAAUGUUUGUGGAACUGUGCGACCAAACCGAGCAAAACUCCCAAAAGUAAAUAAAAAGGAAAUUAAAAAUGGCGAGAUGAAGGUGUUUAGCUCUCCGCGAAUGACAUAUAUGCUAUGGAAAGAUAAAAGAUUGGUGACUAUGCUUUCUACCAAACAUGCGCCUGAAAUGGUUGUAACUAAUAAAGUGGACUAUCAUACUAAGCAAAAAAAGCAGAAACCAAAUAUUGUAUUGGAAUAUAAUGAUAAUAUGGGCGGCGUUGAUUUAUCUGAUCAAUGCAUUACGCCAUAUGAAAUUCUAAGGAAAUCGCAAAAAUGGUACAUCAAAACUUUCUUUCAUUUACUUGACUUAGCCAUAUUCAAUGCUUGGGUUGUUUAUAAUACUGUUCACGCUGAUAAGAAACUGAAGUUUUUACAUUUUCGCAACCAACUAGCCAGAGAACUCCUUGAACACCACG